GGUGCUUUCGUCCGGAACAUCUCUUAGAUUUGUGGAAGGAUUUACUCAAGCAAAAUGACUGAUAUUUUGUGUCGGUGGGUUAACUCGGAGCUUCAGUUAUCUAGACCUGUUGAUGCCAGUUCAUUAGCACGAGAUUUUUCCAGUGGAUAUCUGCUUGGAAAAGUCCUUCACAAAUACCAGCUCCAGGAUGAUUUCGACCAGUUUUCAAAGAGCAGCGCAGCAAAUUCAAAGUUGAACAACUUUAUCCGAUUGGAGCCCACUUUGCUGCUGCUAGGGGUGCCCUUUGACUUGGGCAUGGCCAAGGCAGUGAUUCAGGAGAGGCAGGGGGCUGCCACCAGUCUGCUCUACCAGCUGUACAUCGUGCUGCAGAAGAAGAAGAGGCUGGGUCUGACGGGCACUGCCCUGGAGACCCUGCAGCCCGCCGCCAACGCCCGCCUGAAUCGCGUGGACAACAACAUCUACACCGAGCGCAUGAGGACGGUGGUGAGGCGGGAGGCGGACCUGAACCUGCAGAGGAUCUCUCAGAGGUUUGAGGUGAGGGGCCGGGAGAUCCGUGACGCUGCCGCGGCCGCACAGCGCCGGGACGAGCAGAGGCUGCAGAGGAUGCAGGACGAGCUGCGGCUGCAGGACAUGGAGAAGCACAGGAUUGGUCAUCGGAAGCAGCAAGAGGUUAUGACCCGGAUACAGGGAGCAAUCGUCCAGAUUCCCAAGCCUCCGCCUAACCGCACUCUGAAGGCCCUGGAAAGCCAAAGGCAGUCCCGGAAACAGCAGGAAAUUCAGGGCGUUUACAAGGAGAUUGCCCAGUUUGAGAAGAACAUGAAGAAGCUGUCUCCAGCAGGCUGUACCACUUCAUCGUUCAGUGCUCUGCAAGAGCCCUUCCACAGUGAAGCUCCCAGCACCCAACGCAGCAAGGCCCUGGGGCCUGAGGACGCAUCAGCCCGGGAGGAACGGGCCAAGCGGAGGAGGCGCUUCCUCAUGGAUCAGCUGCAGGCUCACGAGGAGCUACAGGAUCUGAUCCAGGAGGAGCAGCUGGUGGAACGCCUGACCCGACAGACCCAGCAGGAGAGGAGGCUGGCCGUCCAGCUCCUGCAGGUCCGGCAGCAGAAGGAGGUGAUCCGUCAGAACCGGAUCUUCCGGGAGAGGCAGUACCAGGAGCAGCGGGAGCGGGACUUUGAAGAGGCGCUGGACAGGGAAGCGGCCCUGACCCAGGAGGCCCAGAGGGAGCGUGCGGAAGAGAUGCGCAGGGAGAUGGAGCUGCACGACCAGAUCGCUGCCGAGCGAGCCCAGGAGCGCUACCGGAAGCACUUCCUCUUCUGCCGAGAGGUCCUGGAGCAGAUCGUGGACUUGGCCACCAAGGCUGGGGAGUACCGCGUACUCACCGGGAGUGCGAUCCCUGGGAAGAUGAUGCGGGAGUGGGCGGAGCUCCUGUUUGCUGGGCAGCCCCUGUACGAGGCAGGCCCGCCGGAGCCUGUCUUUGUCGACCCCAAGCCAGUGCAGCUCGUCGACAUGGAGAAGCAGGAGAUCCUCAACUGCCAGGACUACGAUGAGUACAACAGCAUGAUGGGUGAGUGGGCAUGGCCAGAGGACCAGGAGGCCAAACAGCCCCCCCCCAACAACAACGUCCUGGGUCAUGUGGUGAGCCGGCUGCGGGGGAAUGUGGACCUGCCGGAACCAGACUCGCCCCCACCACAGUUUCCCACCUUCACUCUCAAGGCCUGUGUCCUGGGGAAGGUCUGCUCAGGGAAGACGACCAGCCUGGCCAAGAUCGCCCAAGUCCAUGGUGUCCACGUCCUGUCGGCCAGCGCUCUGAUCCAGGAGGCGGUGCGGGCCUUCCAGAUAAUACAGGGGACCGUGGAUGGGAAAGAGAUGGCCGAGAGUUGCAGUUCUUCAUCCACUGUACCUGGCCGUGUGGAAAACGGCCUUGAUAAAGAGGAGGAACCGUCUGGAUCACGUAAUUCAGGAUCCGUCUCCCAGGAUACUGAGCGGAAAGUGUCCGCAAAGCAGGACAUCAAAUCAAAGCUGUCUGUCAGAGCCCAAUAUGGAGCUGUUGUGGAGAAGAUUCUGAGGAAAGGACAGGCCAUUCCGGAUGAGCUUCAAGUGGACAUUGUUGUCGAAGGAAUCAGACAGGUCCCUUCCGAGUCGGGCUGGAUUCUGGACGGGUUCCCUGUGGACCUCACGCAGGCUAAGCUGCUGGAGAAGGCCCUGAGGGGCUCCGGCCCGGACAAGCCCGACCGUAGGAGAGGGAGGAGGAGAGCCAGCCUGGCUGUGAACCCAAACCCCCCCAGAGAGCUGCCAGCCCCUCGGCCCAUUCUGGACCUGGUCCUGCUGCUGGACCUGUCCGACAGCGUGGUUCUGGACCGUGCCGGACAGCAGGCCUAUGAGCUGGACACCCGUGCCGAGCAGGACUCCGCAGUGGACCAGGGCCUUGAGAAGAGACAGGUUCAGCACAGGAUCACUGCAUUCCACGACACCUGGCCCAAGCUGGAGAAGUGGUUCUCCGGGGGACGGGGCGUCCUGGUGAAGGUGAACGCUGAGGUGGACGAAAAGGCACUCUUCAAAAAAGUGGAGUCCACCAUCUACCAGGCCGUGGAACGCAAGGGGGAGAAAGGUUCGGAGAAUGACCACUCGACCUGCUUCUCAGUGCUUCAUUAUCUCCAAGCAGUGCAAAGCUAUCUGUCUAAAUCAACACUAAGUGAGGAUGUUGAGUACAACAGAGAGAAGAUGGUGCACUCCACUCCCAUUGUGCCAACCACCCCGUCCCCCGCUCCAGCCUCCCCCUCCGCUCCCUCUAAGUCCACCCCCGCCAUCUCUAAGGAGGGGCCGGCUAGGAGGCGCUCCAGGUCCAAGUCCACCUCCCACUCCCCCAAAGGGUCACGGAGCCGCAUGAGCUCAGGAAAAGACGGAAAAGGGAAGAAGCCAGAAACGCCGGAGGGGCGAAGCCGACGGAAGAAGUCCGGAUCACCACGCUCUGCUGGCUCCCAGGGUCGUUCCAGCAAAGCGUCGGUGUCUUCUGCCUCUGAAGCUCCGCAGGGCGAGCCCAGGACCACGGCAGAGGCUCUGGGCCCCAGCCCUGGCUCUGAGGGCUGGGUGUAUGUGGAGGAGCCCCUGCCCAAGGAGAUCUCAGAAUACCUUCUUCCAUACUGGGAGAAUGCAUGCAGCUCCUACGUGUCCAAUGUCAAGACCGUGAUGCAGAACCUUCGCAAUGAACGCAACCUGAUCAUCAGUCACCUGUAUAACAUCAGGGAGGACUUUAAGCAGUACCUGAAGAGACCUGACGACAAGCAGGAGGCUGUGUCCCGAUGGCAGCAGGACUACAAUUCCCUGCCAGAGGACAUGAGGGAGGACGAGCAGACCAAGGCAGAGCUGCACCAGCGCCUGGAUGACCUGCGGGAGGGGCUCUGGGACGUCACGGACAGCCGCAGGGAGGAGGCGGAGCGGGAGCGGGCUGGGGUCCUGGCCGACGGCUGGCUGGGCGACCACAGCGCGGUGCUCAUCAACCACUUCUGCUCGCUCAUGCAGGUGGAAGUGGACAGGUUCCAGGACUCCUUGUACGUCCUGCGGGAUUAUUAUAAAGCGAUGUCUGGGAAGAGCCUUCCACUGCCGAAGGCCGAGUUUGUGCGCAUUCCUCUGCUGGACAUCAUCAACGAAGAGGAGGGAAACCAGCCUGAAAAGAAAACCAGUCCCCCAGGCUCCGCCCACUCUGAGAAGACCAGCAGCCCUGAGAAAAUGGAAGACAGUGGAGAAGACAAGAAGACUAGAAUCCUCCCCCUGAUCCCCAGGGGGCCCCUGGCCUCCGAGGCCAUGUCCGGCAGCGGCCCCGCCCACGAGAGGCUGCUGUGCGACGUCUGGCAGAUGGCCAUGACCGCCGUCAGGAACGUGGUGUCAGCAGAAGAGCAGCAGCGGGAGGCGGAGGAGAAUGAGGAGCAGUUGAGGCAAAGGGCGCGCGCACCCAGAAUGUCCAUGGCCUCGGCCAGAGCCAGCUCCGCCAAGAAGAAAGCUGCCAAGAAGAAGAGCGGCUCAUCCCCAGCCCCAGAGCCCACUCCCCCGCCCCCCCCUGUGGAAGAGGACGCAGCGGAGCUCCAGAGGAAGGCGGUCAGGGCCAGGAUCAAGCAGGAGUACAGCGCAGCGCUCCAGCACGAAGACGGCGCUGUGACGCUGCGUUUGGAGCUGAUCAAGGUGCAAGCUCUGUCUGUGGUGCAGAGCCUGCAGCACCGGGCUGCCCAGGCCACUGCGGACAUGGAGGAGUGGCUGGGGGCACGCUUCCUGGCGGAGAUGACCAGCAUCGACCAGCUGGCACAGGUGGCGAGACAUCACAUCGAGCUCGCCGCUAAGCUGGAGAACGAGCUGGUUCUGCGCGGCACAGAGUUCUUCCUCAACGGGGACGUCCGCGUGGUGCCCGUGCCAGAGCCCGCUCCCCGCCCGCCUGCAGUGGAGGUGCUGGUGGGCAGCAGCCUCACCGUCAUUCAGCUGGAGGCUUUAUACGCCCAGUUCCUCAAGGUCGCCCCAGAAGGUGUCCUAUCCAGUCAGAAGCUUGCAGAGAGCUUGCAGCAGCUCAUCUCUAUGAGCAUCGGCAGCGAUGCCUUACCUGAGCCCUGGAUGCAACUGUCUGAAGCCCAGAUCCUGGAGCUGGUGUCCGCGGCAGCCCGGGGCUCAGAGAUCCUGGACUGGCGGCAGUUCCUGUUGGGGGCAGCCCUGCCCUGGCCGAUCCCCUCCCAGCAGCAGCUGCUGCAGGCCCUGGCUGGCUUCAGGGCUGCAGACCCUGGAGAAACAGGCUUUAUCGCUGAAGAGCCCUACUUACAGACGGACCUGUGGUUUCCCCGGAAGACGAACCUUCCCAUUCCAGACGACCCAUCGGAACCGCUGCCUUAUGACCGAUUGAGCAACCUGAGGAAGUUUUUCUUCACUCUGUUUGCGGACGGCGGGUCUCGGCCGGGCCGGCUGGACUACGUGAACAUGCUGCUGUACUUCGCCGCGCACCCUGACCCCUCGCUGGGCUUCGCCCGCGCGCUCAGCGUGGUCACUGGACAGGCCCUCUGCUUCCGGCCCGGCAGCCCCCUGCUCCUGAAGUCAGUGCCAUACAUUGAGGAAUGUGCAUCCACUGAAACGGCGGAGGAGCCGGAGACUCUGGGAGCAGAGGAGGGGGGAGAGGUGUCCAUUCCCAAUCUCCUGAAGGUGAUCUGUCACGGGGGGACCAUGUCAGCGAGCUACAACCGCUUUCACCCAGACUGGAAGAGCAAAGAGGAAUAUGAGGAGGAUUUCAGGAAGGUCUUCAGGGACCUGGGAUUCAGCACUGAGGAGAAAGUCCCCUUUGGGGUCCUGUCCCAGCAUCCUUUGCUCCAGGAGCUGAUGGACUCUGCCCCACAGUACCAGCUGACUGACUUCCAUGGCAUUCUGCAGGCCCAUGUGGGCGAGGGGGGGUCUGCGGUGUCUUAGAGCAUCUCAUCUCAUCCACUGAGAGACGCCAGCGAUGAGGUCUCAUGUCCCUGUUUGUUAUAGUUGUCAUACAGUUCAUUAAUUCAGUGCAAGGUUAUCAAUGUGUUUUCACUGUGAUGUACUAUUACUUAUCAUCUAAAAUACUGUAUAAUAUGUGUGCAAUUAGAUUUUUUUUUUUACAAAAUUAGUCUUGAAUAAAAUAAAUCCUAAAAAUGUUUAGAUGCAAAAAACACACCCUUUCCAAUGGAGACUAUUCCAAUUAAUUCAGACAUAACCGAUAGCAAAUACUGUCGUGUAAUCAUAGUGUGCUUGUGAUUUUCUGUGUCUUGGUGCUACAGAUGCUAUGAUGUCUAAUCUCUAUCUUACUAAAGAGAUUUAUUAAUAAUGGUCAGUAAUAGUUUGUCAUGUUUGAAAGGUACCCUCUUCUCUGAAAUCAUUUUCUGUUUUUAUGUGUCCGUGAUGUGUAAUCUUGCCAAGUGUCAGAAAUGUUUUAUAGUGUGUUGUCAGGCAUGUCACUUGUACUGUAUUUCUUCUCCAUUUGAUUAUCUUUCUUUGCCUUUUAUGAGUAUUCUGUGAUGCUGCCGCAAAGCUUGCUCUAAACAGUGGCUACAGUGACCCCUUAUGGCAGGCUGUUGUAAAUGCAGGUAAAAAAAAGUUUGUUGAGCCGGAGUCGGCUGCUGGCAUAAACACUGAACUCUGUGAGGUCAUUUAGGGUCACAAUCAUCCCUGGGCCUCAACUCUGGUUGCAGAAACGGAGAAGCCAAUUUUUCACCUUUUAAUUUCUGAGAAGCUAAAUGGUUAAAUGAGAUUGUAGUCAUCUAUCUUAAACUCUCGGCAAACUGAGAACAAUCACAAUAAAUAAUGUAUUUAUUUUGUAUA